AUGGCUCCAAAUCCAUACAUCAAAGUCGUCGCGGGCACGAACGGCACGAGCACGACCAAGAAGGCGAAAAAGCCCAAAUCGACCCAGACCAAACCAGCCCAAAGCGGACCUGCCGUAGGCUCCUCCAAGAUGACGAACGACCCGGCACGGGAUGCCCUGCGCAAGGAAGUGUUGGCUCUGGGUGGAGAUGAGGACGAGUUGAAGAUGCUCCUCGAUGUCGACAGCGAGAGUGAGGUCGAGGGCGAGGAUAUCGCCGUCAAUGGUGCGAAGGCCGGCAAGGGCAAAGGCAAGGGCAAAGACGUCGUCGACGUGAGUUGUGCAUGUGAUCUAAUCUCGCACGAUAAGUAAGUAUAGAUAGUCGAUGUCUGACCGCGAGUUCUUUGAUUAUACGCCCCCUUCAGCCCGCACUGUCGAAAGAAUUGCGCUCGCUCGUCAAGACUCUGGACUUUGCUUCAGUCGGUGGGGCAGCCGCUGCCGAGGAGGCAGAAGAAGUCGCAGAGGAAGAGGAGGUAGAUGAAGAAAGCGACGAGGACGAGGACGAUGACGAGGAAUCUAGCUCGGACUCGGAUGAGGAGAGCGACGAUGAUGAAACCGCCGCUCCCGAGCCAGAGGCCAAGUCCAAAUCUUCGACCACGGCACAGAGCAAGGUCGCUGCCGAGCCUGCCGCUGGGACGACGAAGAAGGAGUCCAAGUACGAACGGGAAGAACGAAGGAAGAUUGAACGAGAGGCUGAGAAGGAACGCGAGAAGGCAGAGAAGCUCAUCGAGCGGGAAGCCAAGCACACCGCCGCCUUGACGCCCACGAUCAAGAGUCCCUGGGUAAGGACCAUUACCGUCUUCUCAUCUAUCAUUUAAUGUGAGACUGAACAGAUCUCCCUCAUUCUCUAUAGCUCGUCGAUCCAACACCGCAAUGGUACGCCGUACCGCUCGCCGCGAUUCAACCGUCGACGACCAAACCUUCGCGAGAGACGAUCACCGCCUUGGCCUCUCGUGGUGAAGCCCUACUCGCACGCGAAAACGAGCUCUACUCUUCGUCUCUGUCACCCAGCAGCAAAGGAUCGGCACCGCCCCCGCCGAACGGUCUCUCGAAAGCUGAUCAGGUCUUCAUCCAGCAAAUUUUGACGUCUGGUACCUCGUCGGAUAAGGUCUCGGCGCUGUUGCUGCUGGUCUCAUCGUCGCCGCUGCACACUAUGUCGUACCUUGAACAACUCGCGACUCUGUGCAAGAAGAAGAGUCGUGACGAAAGUGGUCGCGCGGUGCGCGGCAUCGUAGAAUGGUGGCGAGGAGAUGGUGGCGAUGGUGGAGGGAGUCCCAGUCGCAAGCUGCGAACGUUCGCCGACCAACCUUUGCUCGACGCCGUAGCACGAGUCCUUGAUGCCUCCGAAUCGGGAAAAAGGAAUGCCUCGCUUCCCCAAGGCGUGACGAAGCAAGAUCUCGAACGGACUCUAGCCCUCUUCGCCUUCGAGGAUUGGCUGAAGAAAUGGUUCUUCUCGAUCCUGCAAGCGCUCGAACAAAUGUCGACGGACCCCUUGCCGCAUCCUCGUUCGCUCGCCGUCGUUCAUAUCGCCAACUUGUUGCGCGACAAGCCAGAACAGGAAGGCAAUCUGUUGCGUUUGCUCGUCAACAAGCUCGGUGAUUCGCAGCGCGGGAUCGCUUCCAAGACGUCGCACCACCUGUUGCAGAUCUUGCAGGUUCACCCGGGCAUGACCCCCAUCAUGGUCCGAGAAGUGUCGGGUCUCAUCCUCCGACCCAACACCCCCGCUGCCCCACCUGCGGCCGAUUCGAGCAAGAAACAUCUUCGUUUCGAUUCGGGCGACAAGACUGCUGCGGCGCCUGCGACCAAGUCCAAGUUCAAGGACAAUGGGCAUGACCACGCGAGGUACUACGGUGUCAUCACGCUCAACCAGAUCAUGCUCAAGAAGGACCAAAGCGAAGUCGCGGGAAGGAUGAUCGAGGUUUACUUUGCCAUCUUUGGUGACGUGCUCGGUCGUGUCACGGAAGACGAAGAGGAAGGUGCUGAGGUGGACAAGACGACGAAGCCGCUUCAAGGGCAGAAGAGGAAACGCGGUGCCAAGGGGACGGAGGCAGCAGUAGUCCAAGCCGAGGGCGAAGUUGAUGAGACGGAUUCCAAGUUGAUCGCCGCGGUUCUGACAGGGGUCAAUCGCGCAUUCCCCUUCGCCAAGAUCGAGGACGACGCCUUCAAGAAGCGUCUCGACACCUUGUUCCGCAUCACGCACUCAGGCACGUUCAACGUGUCGAUCCAAGCGCUCUUGUUGAUCUACCACGUCUCGGCGGCCAAGAAGGCCGUCAGCGAUCGCUUCUACCGCGCCUUGUACGCAUCCUUGUACGACCACCGCUUGGCCGGGUCGAACAAGCAUGCGUUGUAUCUCAACCUCGUCUUCAAGGCGUUGAAGCAGGACCCGAAUCGCGAACGCGUCAUGGCCGUGAUCAAACGCCUCGUACAGCUCGUGCUCUUGAUGGACGUGACCUUCAUCCUGGGCGGGUUGUUCAUCGUCGGCGAAAUGAUGGCCACCACCCCCGGACUACGCAAGAUGCUGACCGAGCCCGAGGAUCUCCCUAGCAAGUUGGAAGAAGCCAAGAAGACGCCUCAGUCCGAGACCGCUCCUGCACUCACUCUUGAAUCGAUCGCUUACGACGGCAAGAAGCGCGAACCCCAGUUCGCGCACGCCGAAAAUUCGUGCCUGUGGGAACUCGUGCCCUUGUUGAACCACUUCCACCCGACCGUCGCCUUGCACGCAUCAAUGGUCUUGUCGGGAGAACCUCUCUCUGCGUCGGACGAACUGGAGCAGUACUCUUUGACUCACUUCCUCGAUCGAUUCGUCUACCGAGAUGCGAAGAAGACGGCUUCGACCAAGGGUGCUUCGAUGAUGCAGCCUGGUUUGGUCGGACAGGACAAGAGUGGGAGGAUCAUCAUGCGCAAGGGUACUGGAGUUGCCGAGGUCAAUUCGGACAAGUUCAAGAGGCUCAACAAGCACAGCGUCCCUGCCGAUCAGGUAGGUGGUUUCUCCUUCCACUCUUCGUGGACCCGUCUCCCGGCCGCUAGCUGAUAUCAGGCUUCUCUUUUGAUCCAUGCAGCUCUUUUUCCACACCUACUUUACCCAAAAAGCCUCUCUGGACGCGCUCAAAUCGUCGCUCUCGUCGAAACGCAAGUCCAAGCCGAGCCGCGGUUCCGAUUCGGAAGAAGCCAACGACUCGGACAACGAAUCCAUCAACGACCUCGGGUUCUCCGACAUCGCCGACGAUGACGACGAUGACCAAGUUGAGGCGUUGGGUCGCGCGAUGGACGAGGAGGAUCAGGCGUUGGUCGAUUUGGACGACGCGGACAGUGAGAUGGAGGAGAUUUGGAAGGCGAUGAAGGCGUCGUUGCCGAGACGGGACGAGGAGGAUGCGGCUUCUGAUGGGGUCGAUGAGGAUGAUGAUGAAGAAUUUGAUAUGGACAGGUAUGACGAUUCGGACGAGGAGGGUAAGGCUCCGGCGAUCGAUAUCGAUUCGGACUCGGAGUUGGGCGUCGACGAGGACUUUGACAUGGACGAGGUCGAACGGGGCCAGCGUGCCGUCUUUGCCGCAGCUGAGGAUUCUGACGAGGAGGAGGAGGUCGAAGCAGAAGGGGAUGAGAAGAUGUUCGCUUCGGAGGACGACGAUGCCGAGGAAGCGGCUUCGGCCGACGAAGAAGUCGAGGAGGAUGCUCCGUUCAAGUCUGCCUUUGACGACCUCUCCGCCGACGAAGACGACGACGAUCUCGGUCUGGCCGAGGACGAAGACGAUCUCAUCGGAUCGGACGAGGACGCACCCGAGUUGUUGCCACCGCCUUCGAAGAAGCAGAAGAAGGAUGAGCGCAAGGCCAAGAAACAGAAGGUCAAGAACAUGCCCAUGUUUGCGGCCGCCGACGACUAUGCUCAUUUGUUGGGUGACUCGGAUGAUGAUGGGAACUGA